AUGCACAAGAUACAUUCUGAAUAUAACGAUGCAAGCUGCAAGACGUACUUCAAAGCCGAGAGAGAUCGAUGUGUACCAACGCCUGGUAUCUGCGUAUUGAGGGACUCUGAAGAAGCCUCGCCGCAAUCUCAUGCUGUCCAGCCACCACGACUUCAGCUCUCGACCACGACACCGGAUAAUACCUUCAUCGACACCAAUCCCCCCUCCGAUAUGUCGGGCACCAUUCAACAUGAAUUUUCACAGCCUUCUGGGUUAAAUGGUUCCUCAAUUUCGCAAACCACAAUGGUGUCUGAUGAUUUCCCGAAUAUGAUACUGCCCGAGAGCACCGGUUACGAAGCCAACAGCUUUCCGUCCUCUGCGGACCACACUCAUAGCUACCAUGCUGACACCCAUCCACUGGAUGAUCCUUAA